UUCCACACGGACGCCUUUGGAAGGAGGACCCAGUGAGCCUACGGAUCCCCCCGCUCCGUUUACACACGUGUGUAGGAUGUGAAGCGGAGAAAUAAACCGAUCUGUGUUCAAAUCAUCCGCGUCUAGACUCCAUAAGUCUUUAUAAGUCUUUAUUAAACUCUGAAUAAAUCGCUCUGAAAUGGCUGAUUACGUCCAGCAGCGUCUAGAGGACCGGAUUCCGGCUCUUGAGCAGCUGGAGAGAGUGGGACUCUUCACCAAGAAAGAAGUAAAGUCUAUGUUGAAAAAGUCCACGGCUAUGGAAUAUAAGCUCCACAGGACAGUGCUGAGCAAAGAGGACUUCAUUUCAUAUAUUCAGUAUGAAAUAAACGUGCUGGAGCUCAUCAAGAAGAGAAGGGCUCGAAUUGGUUACCACUUCAAAAGAGAGGAGAUUGAGCAUUCCAUAAUCCAUGGCAUCAUCAGUGUGUUCAGAAGGGCUACUUCAAAGUGGCAGGAAGAUGUCCAGCUGUGGCUCUCGCACAUCGCCUUCAGUAAGAAAUGGGGGACAAAAGGUCAACUCAGCAAGGUCUUCGCCUCCGUGCUCGCCAUCCACCCCGACAAACCAAGUUUAUGGAUUAUGGCUGCUAAAUGUCAGAUGGAGGACUGUGGUUCAUCAGAGAGUGCUCGUCAUCUCUUCCUGCGCGCUCUUCGCUUCCACCCAGAAAAUAAAAAGGUCUAUCAGGAGUAUUUCCGGAUGGAGCUAAUGCACGCUGAGAAACUAAGGAAGCAGCAGGAAGAACUGGAACAGGCCAAAAUGGAUGUUGGUGAAUACGAGUUCUCUCCAGAGAUCCUAAGUGGUAAACUGGCUGAGGUGGUUUACAGAAAUGCUACACAGAAAAUCAAAGGGGCGGAGUUCAUGCUGUCGUUACUUCAGAUUGCAGCUAUUUUUGAUUUCACAAAGGAGCUGCAGGAAACCAUCCUCCAAGACCUGCAGACAGAGCACACUGACGACUCUGUAACGUGGGACUUCAUGGCCCGGAGAGAGCUGGACGCUGCUGGAGCUCCUGAACUGCAGGACGCUCGUGGCCGAGCCUCGGACGCCAACCGCAGAGAGGAGCGCUGCUGUGCUGUUUAUGAGGAAGGAGUAAAGAACCUUAACACAGAGCCCAUGUGGAUGUGUUACGUUACGUUUUGUCUGGACAGAUUUAAGAGGAAAACCAACAUCUCUGAGCUGAAAGAAAAGAGAAAAGAGCGGCUGCUUGGGGUAUUUCAGAGAGCUCAUGAUGCCUCAAUGCUGCAGGAAUCUUUCUACAAGACCUGGCUACAGGUGCUACUAUCAUCCGGGGAAACAGAAUCUGCUGCCCAGGUCGCUAUAGAAGCCACUAAACGCUUCAGCCAAUCAGUGGAGACGUGGCAUCUAAGCUUGCAGACGUUGGUCAGUCUGGAGCGAGUGGAGGCGGGGCUUCUAUUCCAAGAAGCACUAAACCAUGUGAAUCCCAAGGACAGUCUGCCUCUGUGGCAGCUUCAGGCUGAGUGGAGUAUGGUGUCUCAGACUCAGGAGGAGACAGAAGCUCUGUUUCAGAAAGCGCUUUUAUCACCAGUUCCAGCCAUUUCAACAGCGCUGAAGGAAACCUACCUGGAAUGGGCCUUCAAAACUGGGGGCUAUAAAAAAGCCAGGAAAACAUUCAAAAGCCUGCAUGAGCACAGACCCUUCACCAAGACCUUCUUUACCAAGAUGGUUCAGAUUGAGAAAGAACAGGAGAAUCCAAAGAUUAGUAAUCUGAGAGACUACUAUGAGCGAGCACUGCGUGAGUUUGGCUCCUCUGACGAUGAUCUGUGGAUGGAUUACAUCCGUGAAGAGCUGGGGGCACAUGGAAGCCCAGAGAACUGUGGAAAGCUUCACUGGAGGGCCAUGAAGAGCCUAGAGGGAGAGUGUGUCGAGCGCUUCACAACACAGUACACACUCCUGCAGACAGGGCACAUAUAGAGCUGAAGACGACCUGAAUCUCCGACUGCUCCUCAAACAUCGUUCAGCAUCUUCACAAACCUAGUUUCUAUACACACUCUCUGGCCACUUUAUUAGAAACUGCUACCUUAUACACUAUAUGAGCUAAAGCAAAUAUUGAGAGACAUAUUUAUGUUGUUUAUAACCCAAGGGUAUAAAAAUGUACACUGCUUUUGUUUGAGUGAGUAAUGAUUUCUGCUGUUCAAGGAAGGCUUUCUCCUCUAUUCUGGAGCAUUCCUGUGAAGAUUUGAAAGCACUCAAUGAAGAGCAUUUGUGAGCUUAAGAUCUUGGAUGAUCACCUCCUGAACAUGUCCUAAAAGUAUAGGAUGAAACACCAUCAUUCCAAAAAGAGGUUUAUAUUCCUCUGGCCCAUUUUUGACAAUAGGCAUGGUACUUAUAGGUUCAUGUUUAUGUGCUCCAAAGAGUCCUGUUCUAUUUGUAUUAGACUAGGCAAUCUAUAUGUGAGCAUUUGCACAUUUGUUCCAGCAAAAACAACAACAACAACUACUACUAAAUGCAUAUAUUAGAAGGUGUGUCUACAAAUACGUGGACAUGUAGUGUAUUUCUGUGUGUACAGCAAUGUAUAAUUCAUUGGUUUCUGACCACAGGGGUCUCUGAUUAAUUUAGGUUUGUAUUCUGUUUGUUAACAAAAGCCUAUAAAAUGGCUAACACACACUGUACGCCAGCAACAUGGAGUUUCAAGAGGGGCGUUUCCAAUAAAGUGGCCACUAAUGUUUAAAAGUUUGGGAUCAGCAUUUUAAAUAAUAUAAAAGCAAUUUCUUUGAGAUUAAUGUUGUUUCAGAGGCUCUGGUUCUCUUGUUUUAAUUAACUGUUAGCAAACUAAAAUAAAUAAAAACUACAUACAAUUAAUAUAUAAAAUGCUUAUUUGUUCAAAUUAUGCUUAGAUUUCAACAAAGGUGCCUUUAUAUACUGUAAACAUAAUUACAGUAUAUUAGUUAUCAUUGAUUAUUACAUGAAUUACAGUAAAUUCCUUUUUUCAAAAUACUUAAAUACAACAGAAAUUGGAUGCUAGAUUUAGUGUUGAGCUAUUAUAAUAAUAAUAAUAAUAAUAAUAAUAAUAAAAGAUUGAUAACUGACCCAAACCUUUGAACUAAAUAAAUCUAACCGGGAUAUUUCAGUUAAAGCCCGGUCCUCUAGGUAUGUGUUUGAUUGCGUUAUAUAUUUUGGAAACAACUAAAGUUGCAUUAGUUUUUGUUUUGUUUUUUGAUUGCAUCUUUCAAACAAAAUGUUCUGACUCACACUUUUCACAAAUAAACAUUUUAUUGUUGAGUUGAAUAUGAAGAGAA